AUGGGAAAGGUUUUUUUAUAUGCUGCAGUUUUACUUUGGAUGAUGCCUCAUUUAUUAUCAGGAGUAAUAUAUACUAAUAAAGGCAUUUCCUCUACUUCUCUAACUUGCUUUUCCAAAUCUUGUACUUCACAGCUUGUUAUUAAAGCACCCUUGGAUGAAGAUCAUACUUCACUGUUUUCUUGCUAUUCCCCUGGUCAUUUGGAAGGGAAUGAUACUAUCAAGUUGUUUCUUACCUCAAGGGACUUGGUAGUCAACUGUUACUUCUUAACUAGAGGCAAAUCUUCAGAGAUCAGAGAGGACCUUAUAAAACUGUUUACAUCAAGAGGACUUGCUCCCACUUUUAGAAUCAUGAAUAGUACUUAUUCUGGUGUCUUUCACUUUAAUUUAUCUAUGGAUAUUAAGCAGAAUGCCUGGUUUAUUAGCAUCCCAAGAGAAACAAUUACAUAUAAUACAGAUAUUGCACCAAUAGAGCAGUGGUUUGUAAGUAUUUCACUUCAAGAUGGAUUAACUACAUAUACUACUGAAGGAACACUUUUGGAUCUUAUCCGAGAACCUCUUCUUCAGUGGAAACUUGGGAAACAAAUAAGCCACAGUCAAUUUAUUGAGAUGAUUCCACAUGCGAGAAAUAUCAGGAUAGCAAAGUGUCCCUGUGCUAAUGAUGUGGUAAUACUUGGUAUCGUAUUUGAUAACACUUUUGAAGGUGUUUACCUGGGCUUGACCAUGUCUGGAUUUUGGGACCACAAAGGUACUUCAUGGUACAAUUUGACAAAAAAUAUUUGCUCCGCAUUAUCACAAGACUGCCUAGAUUUUUCUUUUGUGGAUGUUGUUUUAACAAAUCAUCAUUUAGUACUUCUCACCUCAUUGGGUCUUUUUACAAGUCAAGAUCUUCGAUAUCCAAAAAAACAGUUAACGUUUUCAAGAGCAUACUUUUGUGGUUUCGAAAGGGAAGAUUACGUGCGAGCAAAACUGUGGCAUCAUGAAAGGUGUUUAGCUAACAAAGAAGACUUUGAAGAUGAUUUUAUUGCUAUCACUUUUGACAAAAACAAGACCUUGAGCCAGGCAUCCACUUGUUUCUAUAGUGUAGAUCCAUUCAUCACCUGGAGACCUUGCUUACCCAAAGUUACAAAAACUGGGAAAACAGUCAGUAGCAGAGUGGUGUCAUUUCUUAUCGACCCUGAACAAAAUACUGCAAUUUACCUUAUGAAGAAACAGGGAAGGAUUUCUGUUGCUGUAAGGAGUCUGAAGAAUUCUGUACCACAUGUUAAUGUUAAAUUUCCAGCUUUCGUGUUUCCUAAGGAUUUUUCUCUUGCUCUGGGAAUGGUCUUCCAUCCUAGGAGUCACUUUCUCUAUGUUUUUGGCAGUCAGGUGUGGCUUUCAACUGAUGGAGGCAACAGUUUUCUGGUGGUAGGCUAUAUGUCCCAUGAUCCCAUCAAGCGCACCUACCAUUCUUUCUAUAGUUCAUCUAUUGUCUUUCUUUCUAUGUCUUCAAGAGUUUAUGUUUCAAAGGCAGGAUUAAGAACUUACACCAGAUAUGGAAAAGUCAAAGCACCAACUUAUGAAAUAUACUAUGACCAUGUAGGCAUUGGAAUUGUAGUUACUCUGGAUGAACAUACAUAUAAUGGUGUAAAGAAACAUCCUCUGUUGUCUACAUCAGUACUCACUUCGACUGAUGAAAAUGUGGCAUUUAAUACUUCACUAGCUCUACAGUAUCUCACUCCAACUGACGUCAUCUUCUUUGCUUAUGCACCCCUGAAUAAAAGUCGCCAUCAUAAUAUGCGGCUAAGAUUUAGCCAUAUUCAUGCUGGAAAAGAAUUAAGAUCAAGCUCAGCUGGUUUUGCUCAUAUAGUGAAGAUUAUGGAACAUGAUUACAUCGUAGGCUUUCCAACCUCAGCUGUUGCAGAAGUAUUGAAACCUUUUAAAAUUGAAAUUCCAAUAAACAGCCCUUGCUUAUCAAGUACCAUAACCAUCGAAAAAGCUGUAAAUCCAUUUUAUAAAAUUAGACUUCAUUUAAACAGUUUAGGAAAAUUCAUUAAAUUUAAACGUUCUGACCUUCAGAAGACUAUAGUGAUUCCUGGUUAUAGCAGCUUCCUUCUUAUUAAGUUUAUUGAUUUUACACAAGCUUUGGCUCUUGCGACAAUGCCCAUAAGAGUACCUUUAAAUAAGACUUUUAAAGCGAAUGAAUGGUUGUUAUAUGACUUUUCAAUGCGAUUUGUCUCUACAUGGUCUAUUUCUCCCACCGUUUGUAACCAUUGGAUUCAGCAUGAUGAUGUCCAAACAUCACGGAGUAUUAUUAAAUACAUUGAUCUAGGAGCUAACUACACUUUUAAAAUUAGAAUAAUUCCAAAGAUGAGCAAAGGUUCACAGGUAUUUCAAAUGCCGCAUGUAGAAGUGUUCACUGGACAUUCUACAUUGAUGGAAAUAAAUUCUCUCGCCUAUUGGGAUGACACUAACAGUUAUAUAAUUGAAAUUACAGCUGUCAAUAGAUACUUACGACAAGGAAUGACUUCAAUUUCAUUCGUAGUUUGGCAAGCAUCGACCUUUUGCUAUUUGUCAACAAUUAUAUUAACACUGAAGAGCAGCUGUAGUUAUAUCAAAAACAUGUAUCUUAUUCCUAAUCAGGAAAUUUCCAUGUCUGCCUGGGAAAAUGGAAUAUACAGAAAUGAACGUGGUUUCAAUAUGAUCAAAACCUUGCCGGAAAACUACAGGCCUCCAUCCCACUUGGGAAUAGCUAUCCCACUCACAGACAACUUUUAUAAUGCUGAUCCCAGCAAACCUAAGCCGAGAAAUUUAUUUCCUGAAUCAAAAGUAACGGGAAAGUACAAGAAGUGUUUCAACAAGUCCUCUCGAGCAGAGUGUAAUUGCUCCACCACAGAGAAAUUUUCUUACAGUAUUGAUUUCUCAGACUGCAGGGAAAAGGUACCCCGGUAUAAGUUUCCAGUUAGCCAGUAUCCCAUCUCUCUGAACAUCCUGAAUGAAGAUCAUAAAGAACUCAAGAUGGAGCCUCCAUUUUUGGUUACUGUAACUGAAGUGAAUCAAAGGGAAAACUGGAAAAUCAAACAACAUAUGCCAGAAAGUAUGAUGAAACUGAAGAAUUAUGUGGAAAGUAAGAUUUUUCUUCCUGUCUAUAAUCCAAAGGACCUCAACCUAAGCAUAACUGGUUCUGAACUCUUCCAUUUCAGAGUGGUAGUUAUCCCUGGAGUGACUUUUUGUAACUUUUAUGAUGAGUUUCAGAUUUAUGUAGAUGAUGUGCCACUUCCAUUUCCAGGAAGAAUUCUUAUUGCUGCUACAACAGCUGUAGUUCUGGGGGGAAUCAUUUUUGUAGCAUUUAUGUUGGUAAUGUACAAUGUUAAAGUGUGGAAGCCAUUUAAGCAUAUGAUAAUAAGAAAGAGGAAAGCAUCAUUCUCAUUUAGGCCUAUCAGGGUAGUCACAGAUAAAGUAACAGAGAGUAAUGGCUAA